UUUGAGAUUUAAGCUCCGUUUCAGGGCCACUCAAAAUCUGGAUCCAUCCAUGAUCCGUGCCAAAACAAAGAACAACAACAACAACUUUCUAGCUAGCUAGCCGAUCUCUUUGAAGUUCUCUUUCAUGGUUCAGCUAUCACAGCCAACAGCCCAGCUUGGACUUGUCGCUCCAGUACUAGUACUGGACAUUAGGAAACCACAGCCAUGUCGGCUCCUCCCCCUCCGCCGCCACCACCACCACCUCCUCCCCAUGCCGCAUAUGCUACCCAACCAGCCCCUUACAAUUAUGCCAUGAACUACGGCCAUCAACCCCCGGCGUACAAUUACAGCAAUCGACCCAACCAUCCUCCACCACGACCACCUCCUCCUCCAGCUUAUGCCUACAAUUCCAAUUUCUCUCGUCAACCAGCAUAUCCGGGGAGAGGCUACGCCAUGCCAACUCAACAACCCAUGUACCACAAUCCCGCCCUAUAUCCUUCCAACCCAAUCUAUCCACCACCGCCGCCACCACCACCAGCCAAUAACAUGCAUCCACGCAAACGCAAGCGAAAUGAGCACGAUAAUAAUCACCACAAUACCAAUAUGCACAACAAAAAGCAGCAAACCUAUUCUUGCGACACCUGUCAAGUAUCGGCAGACACUCCCCAAGCACUCCAAGCGCACUUGGAAAGCCACAUUACCUGCCAAAAAUGCGACUUUCAAGGCGCCCCCAAGAUCGUCAAGGCACAUUUUCAAAGUGUGCAUGGAAAGUACAGCAGUGGGGGCUUUAAAACGGUGACGGUGGCCGUUCCAGGAUGCAGAGUCCAACGAUUUCGCAUUUGUGUCGGAAAUCGAGCCGAGGAUGUGCAACAGUGGAUUGCCGAACGCAAAAAACGAUUUCCCAGGAAACAGCAGCAGCAAUCUCAACCACAAUCACAAAAAGAUAAAGACAGUACUACAACAAAAGAUCAAAAGGAAGAAAAGGCAUCGGGGGUUUCGGACUUGUUGGAUGGAUAUGGGUCUUCUUCUUCCGAAGAUAAUGAUGAGAAUGACAAUAAUAAUGCAGGCCAAGCAAAGAAGCUGGAAUCAACAACUACAACCGUCAAUUCAGGGGAGCCAGCCAUCAACAAAAAUGAUAUCGACAAAGGCAAUCCAUCAAAUGAAGUGAACAAUAAUGUACAAGAGGAAAAGAAGGAGGACAUUGCCGCUGCUGAAAAGCCAAAUGGAUAUCGAACCAAAAUUUGCCGAUACUUUGCCAGGUUUGGAAAAUGCCGCAAUGGAGAUGCCUGCACGUUCCUCCACGAACGACCAAACAGCGCCAAUUCUUCUUCUUCCAAGAAACAUCAGCAGCAGCAACAGCAACAACAACGGCAGUCCACCAAAGAACCACCCAAGAGCCUGUUACGGUCCCUACUUGCUAGAGAUAUUCAACGGGAGACUGCCCUGACAUUGCAGCUUCUUCGGUACAUUGUGGAUCAGAAUUUCUUUCAAGAGGAAGCCACAAACAAAAAUGACGACAAGACAACAGAGUAGGCCUAGCUAGAUUUACCGGUAGAGCCGUACGAUCUACCGGUACCAGACAAUUGACGGCCAUGGAAAAACUGGCCCGACCUUGGUCGUCCGCUGCAGUGGAUGGACUCUGUUGGCAUCUUGCUUUGCAUGGCAAGGCAAUGCCCACAGCUUGGGUACCGUACAACCAGGCAGCACUUGCACCGCCAUUUCAGUUUUCAUCAUUGGCUACAGAUCCAAUUUGCGGUUUUCGACGUGCAAUUUGGUCUGUCCCCCGCCAGUGCAAAACUCCGUCUGACCUUUUCACCUUGCGCACGGCGACCUCCACUUGUCAAUAUUUUGCCGUUACAGCAACACUCCCUCCGAACUCUUUCCACACACACCCAAAACCAGCAUAAAGACAAAAACACCCAACGGGA